AUGGCUGUAGGGGUAGCUACCAAAAAUGAACUUUCUGAAGAUGGUACAUCUGUGCAUCCCCCUAAUAAUAUGGAGUCCAGCUUUGGACAGAUUUGGAAAUUUGGACAUUUUCUCUUGAGUGCUGAACUACCUGGCUCAUGUGACAUGCUUCCUGAGAGAACUGACCAAAGAGCUUACCAAUUCUCUCAGGAGCGUGUCCAAAAGAGCUUUCCACAUCCGAUUGAAAAAUGGGCCAUUGCAGAUGCUCAGUCUGCAAUUGAAAAGAGAAAGCGAAGGCAUCCACUUUCCCUCCCUGUAGAGAAAAUUCAUCCCCUUUUGAAGGAGGUCCUCGGUUAUAAAAUUGACCACCAAGUCUCUGUUUACAUAGUAGCAGUAUUAGAAUACAUUUCAGCCGAUAUACUAAAGCUUGCUGGGAAUUAUGUUCAAAAUAUACGCCAUUUUGAAAUCACACAACAAGAUAUUAAAGUGGCAAUGUGUGCAGAUAAGGUUCUAAUGGACAUGUUCCAUCAGGAUGAAGAAGAUCUAGGUGAACGACCACUGACAGAUGAGGAACUUGUUACAUCUGGCGAACAAACGUACUAUGACAUGGUUAAGGCUUUCAUGGCCGAGCUUCGGCAGUACAUAAGGGAAUUAAAUCUCAUUAUCAAAGUGUUUAGAGAACCUUUUGUGUCCAACUCCAUGUUGUUUUCUGCACAUGAUGUGGAGAGCAUAUUUAGUCGGAUUGUAGAUAUUCACGAACUUAGUGUAAAGCUGCUUGGUCUUAUUGAAGACUCUGUUGAAAUGACAGACGAAGGCAGUCCUCAUCCACUGGUGGGUAGCUGCUUUGAAGACUUGGCUGAGGUAAGCUGCAGUGAUGAAAUAGUGCUUUAUUGUAUGUAUAUGUUGUGUGUAGGUGUUUAUGAUUAUAUUACAGUCCACUGGGGUGCACAAGCAUUGAAAUACAAUGAAAAGAUGUUAGUACUUUGA